AUGCCAGAAACCUCGCCAACCCAUCAACCUUCUCAAGCAUCAAAAUCAAACAAGACUGCCUCUCCCCCGGAUACUCACCCAGUCGACGUGCCCCCCAACGGCGGCUACGGCUGGAUCUGCGUCGCCGCCGUCGCAACGAUAAACGGGCAUACCUGGGGCUUAAACUCCGCCUACGCCGUCUUCCUCGCACACUACCUCUCUACCUCCACUUUCCCAGGCGCAACACCGCUCCAAUACGCCUUCAUCGGCGGGCUAUCCAUCUCCCAGGCGCUCAUCGUCUCGCCCGUAGCCACAUACACAACCCGGCGCUUCGGCACCCGAACCACCCUCUUCAUCGGCGUAUUCUUCGAAACCGUGUCCUUCAUCGGCGCGUCCUUCGCGUCGUCCAUCUGGCAUCUUUUCCUGUCCCAAGGCGUGUGUUUCGGAUGGGGAAUGGGCUUCCUCUUUGUGGGUUCCGUGGGCAUUGCUGCGCAUGUUUGUGCGUGUGUGAUUCGGGAUCGGAAUAAGGAGGUGGGGAGUAGGCAGGUCAGCUUCGACUACACCCUCUUCAAAAAGCCCCAGUUCAUCGGCCUCCUCGCAUUCGGUGUACUAAGUAUGUUGGGCUACAUAGUUCUCCUCUUCAGUCUUCCCAGCUACGCCCGCACAAUCGGCCUAACCGCCAACCAAGGCAGCAUCAUCGGCGCCGUCUUCAACCUGGGCCAGGCCCUCGGCCGGCCCCCCAUAGGCUACUUCUCCGACUCCAUAGGCAGGCUAAACAUGGCUGGCAGCAUGACGUUCCUCGUCGGAGUCUUUUGCCUGUUAAUCUGGAUCUUUGCAAAGAGCUUUGGUGUGUUGGUUUUCUUUAGUUUGGUGGGGGGUUGCGUGGCGGGCACGUUUUGGGCGACGGCGGCGCCGGUUACGACCGAGGUUAUGGGGUUGAGGGAUUUGCCGAGUGCGUUGAGUAUUACUUGGUUGGUGUUGGUGUUGCCUACUACUUUCUCCGAACCCAUCGGCCUCGAAAUCGUCGCGUUCAACGGAGGGAGCUAUACCGGUGCCAUCCUCUUCACGGGCUGGAUGUACAUCGGCGCUGCGGUUUGUCUGUGGAUGGUGAGGACGUGGAAGAUUGGUGAGGAUGAAGAGGAUGCUGCGGCGGCUGCGAAGGGGGGCGUUGAUCCCGCUGUGGCUGAGACUGAGAGCUUUCAACGGAGUCCGUUUGUGAAGAGGAUGUUUAUGAUUCGGAAGGUUUGA